AUGAGCGCCCACGGCGCUGAACGCGCUGCAGGGACGGAGCUGGAGGAGAUCAGCAGCAGAAUCUCUGAUCUCAGCAAAUGGAGAGAAAUCUUCAGUUUCUGCAGCUUGGAGAUCAACAGCACGGCUCAUCAGAGGCUGCAGCAGCUGCUCUUCAGGAACACAAGUGCCCUGUUUGGCUGCGAGUGGGCAGCAGCCAAGUUCAGCUUCCACCCACCACACUCUGAGCUGGCCUACGCUCUGCGGGCAGGAAAGGGAGGAACCAGAGCCAUCCUGGCGGCCGUUCAAGCACACAUCAUCACAUACCUGCUCUUCACAAGAGACACAGAGUGCACUCACCUGGAAAGGCUGUGCCACCUCGGGCGCUGGCAGCAGGGCCAGGCGCUGGCCACGGCCCUGGCAGAGACCCUGUGGGCAGCAGGAGGAGGGGGCAGAGCUGCCGUGUGCCUCGUCACCGCCCCUGUCACCGCCCCUGUCACCGCGGUGCCACCCGAGGGCUGCAGAGCCAGCAGCUUCGCAGAGAGAAUCCGGCUGUUCGAGUUCUCGGAGAAAGCCGCAGCUCAGGAGUUCAUCUCUGACCACAUAGACUGUUUCGAAGGUGAAGGGAGCCAUGGAGUGAUCCUAUUUUUAUUCAGUUUACUUUUCUCUAGGACACUUGAAAGGGUCCAGGAGGAUUUGGGUGGCACAGCUCCUCUGCUGAGCGCCAGCUCUGGCAAUGUCAGCUGCACAGAGGCCCUGCUCUGCCUGCUGCUGACCGGACGGGCGAGCCCGCGGGGGCUCGGUGGCCAAGGGGAGCCGGAGCCCAGCGCUGGCCCCGGGCAGGCGGCGGAGCCGGGGCGGCGGGGACCCGUGGGGUUCCUGUGCUGGGAACGGGCCCCGGGGCAGCGGCAGGUGAGUGCGGGGAGCCCCGGGCAGCGGGACACACGGACAGCGGGACACACGGACAGCCGGGCCCUGGAGAGUGUCCUCAGUGCGGGGAGCCCCGGGCAGCGGGACACACGGACAGCCCGGUCCUGGCACAGCCCGGCCCUGGCACAGCCCGGCUCUGGCACAGCCUGGUCCUGGCACAGCCUGGCCCUGGCACAGCCUGGCCCUGGCACAGCCUGGCUCUGGCACAGCCGGUCCUGGCACAGCCUGGCCCUGGCACAGCCUGGCUCUGGCACAGCCUGGCACUGCACAUCCUGGCUCUGGCACAGCCUGGCCCUGGCACAGCCUGGCCCUGGCACAGCCGGUCCUGGCGAGCUCCCCCCGCAGGUGAGCCCCGCGCUGCGCUCGCCCCGGUUCCCGGUGUGGCUGUGCAGCCUCUCGGGCAGGCACAGCGUGCUCUUCAGCACCGACUGCCGGCUGCUCUGCGACUGGAGAUCCGAGAGACGCUUCCAGCUCUACUUCUGCAGCGGGCAGCAGGAGCAGACCCGCACUGCCCACCUGACCGUAGACACUCAUUCGCAUCACUGGGAAGAGGCUCCAAGAGAAGGGCCCUGCAGCCCGGGGCAGAGGGGCCCGGCCCUGGAGAUGGCAAUCAGGACCAGGUGGCCAGGGGCCACCGUCAGCUGGAACGGGACUGACCCCUUCUUCUGAGCAGAGAGCAGGAUGGAUGGAGCCUGCUCCUGGAGGGGACUGGCAUGUGCCACACACGGCAGCUGGUCACUGCAGGAGGACACAAAUCUCCCCAGUCAAACAGCCCUGGGGGCACUGAGGGGCAGCCUGUCCUUAAGGCAUCACAGCCCUGCAAGGGCAGGCAGCAGGAACAGCGGCCCUGUCCCAUGCACGGCUUCUCCAGUGCCAGGAUGCAGGUUCUCCUGCUUCCCACCACAGCUGGCAGCAAAAGGAGUCAAGCCCUGGCACCACUGCCCAUGGCUGUGGUGGAGUCUGUCCCUGGAGGGAUUUAAAAGAUGUGCAGAUGUGGGAUUUGGGAACAUGGUUUUGCAGUAAGCUUGGCAGUGCUGGGGUUGCACUUGUCAAGUCUUAGAAGGCUUUUCCAACCCAAACUGUUCUGGGGUUCUGUGAUUCGGUGAUUUUACUGCCAUUGCCAAAUCCCGGCACCCUGCAUUAGCCUGACAGUCAUGGGCAGGGCACGUUGCUUCUAGCUCACAAAAACCACUGUCCACUUCCCUUUUCACUGUCAUUCCUCCAAAACGAGCUGUAAAGUUACACACCCUUAGUGUGCUGCUAAUGACAGCUGAGAACAAUAAACCUUCUGCAAGUGAC